CUUUCAAAUUGGUACUGCUAAGGCUCCCAUAUACUCCACCUCCAGGAGAAAUGUCCUGUGGCCCAGUAGCCGAGAGCUGGUGCUCCACAGAGAUGCAAGUAAUGAAACUGUCCUUCUCCUGGACCAUCAGUAACUUUCGCUUUUACCAAGGGCAGAUGGGUGAAUCCAUUGACAGUUCAACCUUUUCAUCUGGAGCUGAAGAUGAAAGGAAAUGGUGCUUACAAGUAAACCCAACAGGGCUGGAUGAAGAAAGCAAAGAUUACCUGUCCCUUUACCUGAUACUGGUGAGGUGUCCAGUGAGUGUAGCUUGGGCAAGAUUCAAAUUUUCCAUUCUGAAUGCCAAGGGAGAGGAGAUUCGAAGUGUGGAGUGCCCAGCAACUUUGAGAUUCUUGCAAGGCACUGGUUGGGGAUUCAGAAAAUUCAUCCAUAGAGAUGUUCUUUUGGAUGAGGCCAGCGGGCUUCUCCCUGAGGACAAGCUUAGCCUCUUGUGUGAGAUGAGUGUUGUACAAGGUUGUGUCUACACUUCUGGCCAGAAAACCAGGAAUGCAGUGAAGGUUCCUGAGUGUCGCUUGGCAGAGGAGCUAGGAGGGCUGUGGGAGAGUUCCCGGUUCACAGACUGCUGCUUGUGUGUGGCUGGUCAGGAAUUCCAGGCUCACAAAGCCAUCUUGGCAGCUCGAUCUCCAGUUUUUAGUGCCAUGUUUGAACAUGAAAUGCAAGAGAGCUAUAAGAAUCGAGUGGAAAUCAACGAUGUGCAGCCUGAGGUCUUUAAGGAAAUGUUGGGUUUUAUUUACACCGGGAAGGCGCCAAACCUUCACAGAAUGGCGCAGGAUCUGCUGGCAGCUGCUGACAAGUACGCCCUGGAACGCCUGAAGGUCAUGUGUGAGGAAGCCCUCUGCAGCCAGCUCUCCGUGGAAAACGCCGUGGAAAUCUUCACCCUGGCUGAUCUCCACAGCGCGCAUCAGCUGAAAACUCAGGCAUUGGAUUUCAUCAACUACCAUGUUUCCGACAUCCUGGAGACCUCCGGGUGGCAGUCCCUGGUGGCGACCUACCCUGAAUUGGUGGCUGAAGCCUAUGGCUCUCUGGCUAGGGUGCCAUGCCCUUUGCUGGGGCCCCCUUGCAAGCGCCUCAAGAAGACCUAAGACCCAGGCUGUUGUAAGACUCCAUUUAUUUUCCCGGAGCAAUAG